AUGUCCCGUGUUACGAUCGUUGGAUGCGGGAAAAUCAGAAUAAUGAAGACAACUGAAAAUGGAAACCUUGAAAUCUUAAAGCAGAACGAUCAUUCGAUAAGUCGCAAAGAAUCACCAAGAUUCAAUAUCGAAACGAGAAGAAUCAGCUUCAUGAUCAUUUGGAUGCCAUGGAUAAUCGAAUAUUGGUGGUCUUUUGGCGAUCGACUAUUGGAUAAUGGAUGGAAUCCAACAACCAUCGCUGACGGAAACCACGUUCUCUUUCAAUCUGAUUCAUCAUAUUGUUAG